AUGAAAUUUUCUGUUUAUCAAUUUUACGAGAUUUCAGAAAUUCCAGCCUUGAGAAAGAUAUCUGUCUUAGCGAGCACAUGCGAGGACCCGCCGACGAAGCCAAAUCCAGUUUAUAUCGCGAAAGCAUCGAUAGCCUUUUUGUUCGUUGUCCUGUCGCUUCCGAUGAAUAUCCUGACAAUCUGCGCGCUUUGGAAAAAUUUUCGCAAAUCUCCAAGCUACGCGUUCAUCAUCAACCUCUGCCUCUCAAAUAUCUUCUUCGCUCUUUUUGUAAACAACCUCGAUGCAGUUUGGAACCUCACAGUCCAGUGGUAUGCAGGAAACAUCGCCUGUAAAAUCUGCCAAUUUUUCAAGCAGUUUUCGCUGACCUGGAGCUCCACUGCAGUGACUUGCAUUUCGCUGGACAGAUGUCUUACCCUGCUUUUUCCGCUUCUUGCUGGAUCAAAAAGUACGAAAAGAGCAGCUUUGAUAAUCAUUCCGUCGCUGAUCGCGAAUUUCCUGACCUGUGCUCCUGCUUUUGCUUUGUAUAAACUCCACGACGGAAAAGUGUGCAACAUCGAGCGAUACCGUCAAUGCGUCGACUUCAUGGGCAAUUACACGAUCGAGCAGCGCAAUCGAUAUUAUUCAGCUCUGAUGACACUUCAAUUCAUCAUUCCAGCCGUUGUUAAUACCAUUUGCUCGGGAUUGUUGAUAUACGAAGUGGCGAAAAUGAUUCGCACGGAAAAAGCAAGAACAUCCAUUCCAACUCGUAUGAUUGGACAGUCGAGAAAAUCAGUUACAUCAGUGGCGAAAGCGAAAAGAAAGCUAGAGAGAUUAGCUGUUGUUCUCAUCUUUGCUUUCUGCUUCUGUUACGGACCAUAUUAUGGGCACGCGCUAUUAACUGGUUGGGGCGAUCCAUCUACAAUUUCUUCCAGCAAAGCUCUUCUAAUCUGGGUCCAGUCCUGUCUUUACCUGGUCCCAUUACUGUACUCUCUCGUUUUCUGCUCAAUGCUUUCCGACGUCAGAGAGUACGCGCGAAAUUUGUUCGAUUUCAGUGGCAAAAUAGAAGCCAGGGCGACCAUGAGUAACUAUCAAACAUCUCCAACAAUGAUCACCAGAUUCUCCAAUCGCCCGAGUCCAAUGCCCAGUGCUUCUGGCACUCCAAAACUACCUCUUCGCGAUCUUCCAUUCUCAAAGCAAGAAAGCUCCAAUCUUUUGUCCACCAGCCCCUCAAUGGAUUCAGAAAAGCUGAUCAUUCCAAAACGCGAGAAUGGAAAUGUCUUCACGACUCUCCAGCUAGACGAGCACGGCGACGCAUUGGUGGAUCAAAGUCGGCCUCGAUCGCCGCGAAAUUUUAUCGUUGAUAAAUUAUAA